AAAGACUCAGUAGUCCAGAAGAGCUGAAUAAAACAUGUACUCAACUCUAUCAACAAUUGUGAUCCUUGCCACUGUCUUAGCUGGGGCAUUUGGCAUAAUCAAAACACACCCACAAUCACAAAAUACCACGGAGGGCUCAACAGCAACAUUCACAUGCAAAAUACGAGACUGUGACCACUGCAGUGUGAUCUGGAGAGUUCACAACCUGGAGACAUUUGAGCGUUUCAACCCAAGAGCAGAAGAUUUUCAGAAUGAUGAUCAUGGUAAUGGUCGAACCACUAGCACACUGAGUAUCACCGCGGACAGCAGCUCUGUGGUCCAGUGUGUAGAGCAUAACCCCAGCGCCACGAGAAGGAUCGAGAAAAACAGCUACAGUCAAUAUGCUCUCCUCCGGGUGCUCAAAAGCGAAGGGUCUGGGGAGUCGCAG